GUCGUCGUUGAGCGAAUGACGUGUGUCAGCCGAGUGCCCGGAUGGGGGCGGGCGGACGGUAGGGAAGAAAUCUCGCGAGGUUUAGGGGCCGGGAGGGCGGGGCGAGUGGCCGAGAGGAGGGACCGGGACCGCCAAACGGGCGGGAAAAAACUACAGCUCCCAGAGUGCCAGGCGGCGGCGCGACCGUUGGACGCCGCGACCGUUGCUAUGCAGGAUAAAUUCCAGACAAUGUCUGACCAGAUCAUUGGUAGAAUUGAUGAGAUGAGUGCUCGCAUUGAUGACUUGGAGAAGAACAUUGCUGAUCUCAUGACACAAGCAGGAGUUGAAGAAAUAGAAGGAGAAAACAAGGUUGUCAAGUAACAUGAAAUGGGUGGCAGAAUGAGGUUUUGGUUACCUAAUUCAACAGUUUGCUGUGCUGAAGUGUUUUUUAUAUUGAAUGUUAUUGAUAAUUAUGGAUGUAACCAUAUGCGUCGUCAUACUACUUAAAGUUUAAUACACUAGAGAAUUGUACACUGGUUUGAAAAUCUGUCUCCUGUUUGUUAUUCAAAGUAAGAUAUCAUUUUGCUGUUAAACGAUUAAAACUCAAUUUCCCUUACAACCAAGAAGAACAAAAUGUUUUUAAUAUUCUUUCCCAUUAAAUGAACUUGCCAGACAGCUCUGAAGUUAAGAUACACUUUAACGUGUACAUUUGUGCCAUUGUCGCUUCUGUUUUUGACAUUUUCAGUAAAAGACCAUGAAGACCAAA